AUGGAAUCUAGGGGGACCCAGUCUGAAUUGCGCAUUGAUGGUGCCUGGGAUGAAUUUUUAAAAAUAUUUUGUGAUGUGGCUGCUAUUCAAGGCAGAAUAUCGUACUGUAUCAUGUCGGUGCACGCGGUCAAUCCCCAUAUUUUUCGAUAUCUUAGCGAUUAUGAUCCCUACACUUAUUUGUUGUGGAAUAUGAUAUAUGGCAUAACGAUUAUGAUUGCCACUAGUCCCGCCCUAAACACCAUAGUACCUUUCACAAGGUUCACUUUCGGUUUUAUGGGAUCGUUAGCCUUUAACUAUUCGAGCCUGAUGUUUUACGGAUACCUGAGCGACAUUUUUUACGAUCGCCCGUUGCUGCUGACUGUGCUAGGUUUUAUAAGUGGGCGCGUUAUGAUGGUUCAUUUACUAGCGUUUUUAUACCAUAUCGAUAGCCUCGUAACCGGGACAAGACGCCACAGCGCUUUCGACGCCAUGUAUUUAUGAAAAUUUGAUUCAGGGAACCCAGGGUAGAGUCUGUUCAUUGAUCAAACA